AUGAUCAAAAUAAUAAAAAUAAUUCAUAUUCAUAAUUCAACAUUAAAUAUUAUUUAUUCUGCAAUAUCAGUUUUAUUAACAAUUUAUAAACAAGUAUUUAUUAUUUCUGCAUGGCAACUUGAUCAAGUAUUACUUUAUGAAAAUAAUGAUGAUUUAGCAUUUAAACAAAAUGAAGAACUUAUAUGUGGAACAUUAUCACUUAUUCUUCAAACAAUUCAAAAAUCAUCACCAUAUUUUUAUCCAUUCGUAUAUGUUCUUACAGAUCAUGCUCAAUUUAAUAAUGAUUCUAAUCUUAAUUUAAUUGCAUCACCAUUUAUUGGUCUUGCACGAAGUUUAAUAACUGAAUAUGAACGAAAUCGAUUAAAACUUAUUGAUCUUCAAAGAUCAUUAAAUAAUAAUAAUCAAUCAACAUUUAUUUAUACUUUAAUAGAAUAUAUGAUUAAUUCAAGAUAUUCAACUGAUACUUGUCGAGUUGUUCUUCGUCUUAAUCAAACAAAUCAAAAUCAAUCUAAAUUAAAACAAAUUUCUAUUAUUCCUAAACGAGAUACUAAUCAAAAACCAUUUCGUCUUUGUGUACCACAAUCUCGUUUUCUUUCUGAAUUAACAUGGACUGAAGAAGAUAGAGAAAAAGAAUUGAUACCAGCCGGUAUGGUAGAAGUUCGUGUUCAUUGUAUUGGUAUUAAUUUUCGUGAUGUACUCAAAUCACGUGGUCUUUAUUCAUAUACACGUACUUUUGCACAAUUGGAUGAUGGACAACCAAAAGUUAAUCGAGAUACAGAACCAGGUUCAGAUUUUGUUGGUACUAUUGUACGUGCAUGUCCUACGACUAACUUUCAAGUUAAUGAUCAUGUUGUAGAUGUUACUAAUGAUGGUGCAUAUCAUUCUCAUAUUAUUAUUAAUUCACUACUUAUAAUACGUAUUCCAUCUGAUUUUUCUCUUACUGACGAACAAUUAUGUGGUCUACCAUAUUCAAUUUUAACAAUUACCUAUCCUCUUAAAUAUCGUGUUCAUUUACAAGCUGGUCAAACUGUUCUUAUUCAUACUACAACAGGUGCUGCAGGUGAAUGGUGUAUUCAAUAUUGUCAAUAUAUUGGUGCUCGUAUUUUUGCUACAGCUGGAACUGAAGAAAAACGACGUUUUCUUUGUGAAUAUUAUGGUAUUGAACAUGUAUUUAAUACUCGAGAUAAUUCUUUUGUUAAUCAAAUACGUGGAAUAUCACCAGACGGUGUUGAUGUUAUUAUUAAUUCAUUAUCAUGUAAUUUACUCAAAGAAUCAAUUAAAUUAUUAGCAUAUAAUGGUCAUUUUGUUGAAUGGGGUAAACGAGAUAUUUAUGAUAAUAAUUAUUUAUCAAUGUUUCAAUUACGAUCAGAUUGUAGUUUUCAUGUGAUUGAUUUUAUUUCACUAGCUGAUCAUGUAUCACCUCUUAUGCGUCUUAUGCUUGAAGAAGCAAUUGAUUUAUUUAUUCAACACAAAAUUAAGUGCUGUUGA